AUGAGCGCGGUCCAGCAGGCGAAUGAGGCCGAGAAGAAUAUUGAGAUAUGGAAGAUCAAGAAGCUCAUCAAGCGGCUCGAGGCUGCCCGAGGAAAUGGAACAUCAAUGAUUUCCCUCAUCAUUCCUCCUAAGGACCAGGUGUCCAGAGCAGCAAAGAUGUUGGCUGAAGAAUUCGGAACUGCCUCCAAUAUCAAAUCUCGUGUAAACCGUCUCUCUGUCCUCUCCGCCAUUACGUCUACUCAACAACGUUUGAAACUUUAUAACAAAGUUCCCCCGAACGGCCUAGUUGUCUACUGUGGUGAAAUCAUUACUUCUGAAGGAAAGGAACGAAAAAUUAACAUCGAUUUCGAGCCCUUCAAGCCAAUCAAUACAUCUCUUUACCUCUGUGACAACAAGUUUCAUACAGAGGCCCUGAGUGAACUGCUUGAGUCAGACCAGAAAUUUGGUUUCAUUAUUAUGGAUGGUAACGGUGCACUCUUUGGUACCUUGAGCGGCAAUACAAGAGAAAUCCUUCAGAAGCUGAGCGUUGAUCUACCUAAAAAACACGGCCGUGGUGGUCAGUCUGCCCUUCGUUUCGCGCGUCUUCGAGAGGAAAAGCGUCAUAAUUAUGUCCGAAAGAUUGCCGAGUUGGCUGUGCAGAAUUACAUCACCAACGACAAAGUGAACGUUGCCGGUCUGAUCCUCGCUGGUUCUGCGGAUUUCAAAAAUGACUUAAAUCAGUCCGAUAUGUUUGACCAGCGACUCCAAGCGAAGGUUAUCAAAGUCGUUGAUGUGUCAUACGGGGGAGAGAAUGGUUUCAACCAGGCGAUCGAGCUCUCAUCCGAGACUCUGAGCAAUGUGAAGUUCGUCCAAGAAAAGAAACUUAUCGGGAAAUACUUCGAAGAAAUCAGUCAAGACACAGGAAAGGUCUGCUACGGUGUCGAGGAUACCCUCAAGGCCCUAGAACUAGGCGCGUGCGAAACCCUGAUCGUGUACGAAAACUUGGAUAUCACUAGAUGGGUUCUCAAGAACUCUGAGGGUUCCGAGGUGACCGUUCAUACCACCAAGGCUCAGGAGGAAAAUAAGGAGUUCUUCCUUGACAAAGAAACCGGCACAGAAAUGGAAGUUGUGGACCAAGGCUCCUUCCUUGAGUGGCUCGCCGAAGGAUACAAAGAUUUUGGAGCCACUUUGGAGUUCGUUUCGGACAAGUCCAGCGAAGGAAAUCAGUUUGUGAAGGGUUUUGGUGGUAUCGGAGCAAUUCUCCGGUACAAGGUUAAUUUCGAACAACUUGCUGAUUAUGAUGACGAGGAUGAAUUCUACGACGAUUGA